AUGGGGAAGCUAGCCGUUGCGGCGGCCAUCGUUGGUCUAUUGGUGGCGGUGUGGGGGAGGGGGACGGAGGCCAACUUCAACACCGACGUGGAGAUCACGUGGGGGAGCGACAAGGCGAAAGUGAUGGAGAACGGCAACCUCCUGCAGCUCACCCUCGACAGAGCCUCCGGCUCCGGCUUCAAGUCCAAGCAGGAGUACCUCUUCGGCAGGAUCGACAUGGACAUCAAGCUCGUCGCCGGCAACUCAGCCGGCACCGUCACCGCCUACUACGUACACGACCCCCCUCCCUCUCUCUCUCCCUUUAGCUUUCUCUUUGUGGGUUUCUCUCUCAUGGGCGGAGCUGUGGUGGUGUUGGCGCCGUAGUUGUCGUCGCUGGGACCGACCCACGACGAGAUAGACUUCGAGUUCCUGGGGAACGUCAGCGGGGAGCCGGUGAUCCUCCACACCAACGUGUUCAGCCAGGGGAAGGGCGACAGGGAGCAGCAGUUCUACCUCUGGUUCGACCCCCGGCUGGCUUACCAUACCUACUCCAUCGUCUGGAAUCCUCAGCGCAUUCUGUAAGUUUCGAUAGAGAGAGAAAUAGAGAGAGAGAGAGAGAGAGAAAAAAAAAAAACUUACGGGUGCAGCUUUUUAUCAGGUUCUACGUUGAUGGGACGCCGAUAAGGGAGUUCAGGAACUUGGAGGCGAAGGGGGUGCCAUUUCCGAAGAACCAGCCGAUGAGGCUCUACUCGAGCCUGUGGAACGCCGACGACUGGGCUACGCGGGGAGGGCUGGUGAAGACGGACUGGUCCAAGGCCCCCUUCGUUUCCACCUACCGGAACUUUCGGGCCGACGCCUGCGCCGCCGCCGCCGGCGGCGGGAGGCCCUCCUGCUCGUCGGCGAGGGGGGCAUGGUGGGACCACUCCCUCGACGGAGUCGCCGCGGCGAGGAUGAGGAUGGUGCAGCAGAAGUACAGGAUCUACGACUACUGCAGCGACCGCCGCCGCUUCGCGCAGCCUCCUCCGGAGUGCUUCGCUUCUCGCUGA